CAAGAAAUUUUAGAUGUCCAACAAAAUACGAGCAAAAGAUUGCUUAAUGAUUUAUAAAUAAUUGAUAAAUUCACGCCACUUUUAAAAAAAAUAUUUUUUUCUUGAUACUGGCGUGAAUUUUUCAAUUUAAUUAAUAAUAAUCAUAAAUAGGAUUGGUACGUAAGUUUGAAAUGAAUAGAAGUGUAAUAGGUAAUAGUUUAGCCAUGCCCCUAACAAUGAAAAUUAUAUUUAAUUUAAUAAGUAGUAGUAUUGUAGCAGUUUCACGAAAUACUAACUUUUAUUUAAUAUGACUUCAAUGUCGAUACAAAUAUCGAUAUCUUGGGUCACGCCCUAUGACAAUCCGCCAUCGAAGAAUUUGCAUUUGAAGUUUAGGCAUAUACGCUUUUUUCGUAGGUAUGGCCGGUCCUCUUCUUUUAUGUCUAUGGAAUCAACAUAGACUAAAUAACAGUUCAUUAUUUAUUUAUAAAAAGAUUAUAGGUUGCAAAUUCUUGCCUCAUCAAGAAGAAAAACGAUCGUGUUUUCGUUUUUCGGACGCAAAAUGUCUUCUAAAAAGCUUUGGGGUGCAUUUGAAAACGACAAUGGUGACGAUGCUGUUCUGCAAAAUGUCAAUUUUAAUCCCAUUAUUGAGCUUGGUAUGCAGAACAUACCAGAAAUACCUAUAACAGUGAAGUCUUCUCCAAUAGAACUUCCCAAGCCUAAUUUGAUCACACACACAAUUCAAUUACAUUCUUGUGCGAGGCAGUUAUCUGCUGUACUGGAGCAAACCGAAAAUGCCAUUUUCGAAGGAGCACGAUUAGAUCCUAUGAGUUUACCGAUCAUACCUCCAGAUCCGUCGCUGACCCUCAAACACGAAGCUACUCCGCCUAUAAAUUUUCUUCAGAAAUCGUAUUGCGAUUUUUCUUUAGGUAAAGGACCAGUUAUACAACCUUUUACUCCCGAAAGUCACAAACGCGCAUUGAAACAAUGCGCCGCUAUUGCCAUAGGUCAUGUAGGCAUCGCAACAUGCACCAAUACAGCACUGAGUGCUGUUGCUGACGCUUUAGACAUUUACAUGACAAAUAUGUGUAAACUUAUGCGAACAGUAGUAGAUAGAGAGACGAGUGGCUUAAAAUCUGGGUUCCCUGAUGUAGUCUCUAAAGUAUUCGCUGAUUUAAACGUUGGCAACUUACAUGAAUUCUAUAACAACCGUGUUGUAAAAUAUCAAGCAAAGAUGAAGAAAAAAUGUGAAGAUUUACGAGCACAGUGUGAGGCCCUGGCUAUUGGUGACAUUGCUCCAGAACUGAAGUUAGAAGAAGUACCGGAGUUGCAUUUUCCAGCUGCAUUAGAUGGUACAUUUACUCCAUCAUUAGAGCCUGGGUUUCAAAUGUUGCAUAGUCUAGAACAAGAGCAGUUACAAGGUCUAGAACUCCUGGACACAGUAACAACAGAUGACAUCAAAAUAGAACCUAUGGAAUUCACACAACCAGAAACUACUAAAUUACCCUCUUUGUCACCAAAUGCAAAGAAAAAAAGAAAAUAAAUCAUUCUUUUUCAAUUGAUUCUUUGUUAUUUCACCCAUGACUAAUACAUAUGAUCCAAGAUUUGUUUAGUUUAUAAAUAUAGCAGCUCUUUUCUUAAUUAUUGCUAAAUAGGUAAAUUGAAAAGCAUAUAUUUUAAAACAGUUAUGAGCCUCAGUUUCAUUAGUAGAUCACACAUUUUAUUUGCCAUCAUUAUAUAUAAUAGCUUUUGAUUACAUAUUUACAUUAGU